UGUUUCACAAAAUGUCUCCCAAUGAGACUCUGUUCUUGGAAAGUACCAACAAGAUCUACAAAGAUGAUAUUUCCAACAGUUCAUUUGUGAAUUUCCAAAUAUGGGAUUUUCCUGGACAAAUGGACUUUUUUGAUCCAACAUUUGAUUAUGAGAUGAUCUUCAGAGGAACAGGUGCUCUAAUAUAUGUUAUUGAUGCCCAGGAUGACUACAUGGAAGCUUUAACAAGACUCCACAUUACAGUUUCAAAAGCCUACAAGGUCAACCCGGAAAUGAACUUUGAAGUUUUUAUUCAUAAAGUUGAUGGUUUAUCAGAUGACCAUAAAAUAGAAACUCAGAGGGAUAUUCAUCAGAGGGCUAAUGAUGACCUUACCGACGCUGGGCUUGAAAAACUUCACCUUAGCUUUUAUUUGACCAGUAUCUAUGACCAUUCAAUAUUUGAAGCCUUCAGUAAAGUGGUACAGAAGCUCAUUCCACAACUACCAACGCUGGAAAAUCUGCUAAAUAUCUUUAUAUCAAAUUCAGGCAUUGAAAAAGCUUUUCUCUUCGAUGUAGUCAGCAAAAUCUACAUCGCAACAGACAGUUCCCCUGUGGACAUGCAGUCAUAUGAGUUGUGCUGUGACAUGAUUGAUGUAGUGAUAGAUGUUUCCUGUAUAUAUGGGUUGAAGGAAGAUGGCACUGGAAGUGCUUAUGAUAAAGAGUCAAUGGCAAUUAUCAAGCUCAAUAACACAACAGUCCUGUACUUAAAGGAAGUAACGAAGUUUUUGGCAUUAGUUUGUAUUCUUAGAGAAGAGAGUUUUGAGCGCAAAGGUCUGAUAGACUACAAUUUUCAUUGCUUCCGCAAAGCCAUUCAUGAAGUCUUUGAAGUAGGUGUUGCCUCCCACAGAAUCUGCAAUCAUCAAUCAAGCACCUCAAAUAUGAAAGCAGUGACUCACAAUGGCACACCUAGGAAUGCAGUCUAGAGGAAAACUAAAGACAUUGGAUAGACUUGUCAGCCCUUCACUCCGAAAUUUUGUGGAACAACAGGAGAGUAGUCUGAAAGCCUGAAGUAUGUUUCACAGCAGAAGAGUGGCAGUAACUGUGGAACAGCACCUUGUAACUCAUGUUGGACAACUGGAGCUACUGUAAAAAUACUUUAUGAGGCCAGUGGAAUCAGAAGUGCUGAUUGAAGCCAGUUUUAUUUCAACUGCAGUGGUUUUUCAGUUCGGAGCCCUGUUUUAAUAGUCUGUCUCUGACUGAUCGCCCCAUCAAAACUUACAAAUGAUUGAGUUUUGUGUGAAACACCAAAUAGUCACUUGCUCAAUUUUUUUUAAAUUAAUCUGUAGAAUAUCCACUUUUGCUUAAGUUUACCCUUUUGUCAUG